AUGGUGUAUGAGGAAGGAUGUGGCAAUGCAAUUUAUGACGAUGAAGACAUGGAAGAUGGAGCUGAGUCGAGUGAAUCAGAGCUUGAUGUGGAUCUUGAAGGUGGAUGGGAUGGUGGUCUUCUCUCCAAAGAAGAUAUCAUGUUCUUUCGAAAGCGCUUGCAGGACGUCGUGCUACCUACUGGGAUUCCAGGAAUGCCAUCAAACUUAGGAGACGCAAAAGCCGGAUCAUUGAAAGCGUCACAGUGGCAUUCCUUAUUCGCUUUCAUCAUUCCUUUGAUUAUCGUAGAACUUUAUGUGGCCGAUGAUGUGGAAGAACUCAAGAACGAUACGAACCGAGUGAUCGACGAUGUGGUAAACUCAGAAAAUGGAACCAAGAAAGAUCCCAGCAAGAGCCGCUAUCGUAUCAAGUUGGACGCUCGGGAAUACGAACUCUUGCUCGAUUUUUCACAAGUUCAAGACAACCAAAUACAAGACUAUCGCAAUUUGCCUCAUCCACCAAGAGCCAGGGUUUUACAACCGUAUGCGAUUCCAAGGGCUACAUGGAGAGUUUCGAAAAGAAUUGUUGUUUCAGUGCUGAAGCCAAAUAAUUGCAUUGAAUAUAAAGAUGAGGGUAAGACAAAGUAUGGGAUAAUCAGACAAAUAUAUGAGUAUCAAAAUGUCAAAGAGAAGUGGGAAACAGUAUUGUUAGUUAGUCCCAUUAAUAACCUCUACCCAAAGGACCUUGAAUCUCCUUCUCGUAUCUUUCGUUAUUUGAUCUUUUUACUCAAAUGUGUAGUUGGUCAAAUUGAUAAGCACCAUAUCAUUCUACCCACUAAAUCAGUUGUAUGUGUAGCUGCUUAUCGUCUCUUGCCUACAGAUGUCUUUGGAAUCAAAGACAAUGGGAUUAUGCUUCGACCUUAUGACUAUAACUCACAAUUAGAUAUUGUUUAA